AUGUGUGACCGGGAGGAGUUGCGGCAGUUAUGGUUGUGUCAGAAGACGAUUUACCAGAUGAUGAAGGAUAGAGGACAUAUUGUGGCUGAUAGUGAUUUAGAGAUGGGUUUGGAGGAAUUUAAGAAUGCUUAUCCUUCUUUAGUUAUGACUGGGAAUAAACAUGCUUUAUCUAUGUUGUUUCAGCAUAGUACUCAGCCGGGUAAGCAGUUGUUUGUCUUCUUCCCAGAUAGUGCUUACUUUAAGGCUAAAGAUGUGAAGGUUUAUAUUUCGACUUUAGGUAAACAGAAUAUUCAUAAUGGGAUUAUUGUUUGUAAAGAUACGUUAAAGGCUCAUAGUUUGAAGGCUUUAGAUGAGGCGAGGAAGGAGUAUAACUUAGAGUUGUUUUAUAUUCGGGAGUUAUUGUUUAACGUAAGUAGACAUCAAGAUGUACCACAACAUAUUCUAUUGAGUGAAGAGGAGAAGCAAGUAGUCCUGAAAGAAAGGAAAGUUAGUGAGGCUCAGUUGAAGAAGAUUGCAGCUGAUGAUCCGGUUAAUAGGUACUAUGCUGGUAAACGGGGACAAAUGUAUCGGAUUAUUAGAAAUUCAGAGACGGCUGGAGUAGCCGUAGAAUAUCGAGUGGUAGAAUGA